GUACAGGGUUGGUAGGGUGCAGUGAUAGUGGAAACCUCUCGUAAAGGGUACAUCAGGUGUACAGACUCGGGAACCCCUCAUAAUAGGCACAGCAGGUGUGCAGACCUGGGAUAUCAGCACAGGGAUGGUAGGACCCCCUCAUAAUGGGCACAGCAGGUGUGCAGACCUGGGAACUCAGGGAUGGUGGGAACCCCUUAUAAUGGGCACAGCAGGUGUACAGACCUGGGAACUCAGCGCAGGGAUGCUGGGAACCCCUCAU